UACUGGGGAUGCAUGCAUUCGAAAGAAGAACGAGGACGCGCAUCUGGCAGCCACGCACACACACAGGCAGAUCUCUCCGUAUAGUCUCGCUGCUCACACAAUACUGACGGGAGACGAAGCAGCGCACAGGUAAAAUGGAGAAAGUAUUAGGGCUCGCCGUGGUAUCCAGUAUUUUAUGCGUCGGCUCGGUUUUUGGAAAAUACGUCAGAGGUAUCGUGAAUACAAAAGAGGACUGGGUGUUUUUAACAAGGUUUUGCUUCCUAACUGAUUUCGGCCGAUUGGACUUUAGGUUCCGAUACCCCAAGUCUCGCUGCUGUCAGAACAUAUUGCUCUACUUUGAUGAAAGCUCUCAGUGGCCAGCUGUGUACAAGAGUACAGACAAGGACUGUUAUCAAAAAGAAUCAGUAUUGAGGCCCGAAAAUAACCAGGUCAUCAACCUGACCACUAGCUACACCUGGUCUGGCUGUGUGGUUGAAAAAGAGGGUAAUGAAGACAUGCUGAGUUGUGUAGGAGGUCGAAGUUUUCGUUCUGUAAGAGAAAGAUGGUGGUACAUUGCACUCAGCAAGUGCGGGGGAGAUGGACUGCAGUUGGAAUAUGAAAUGACAUUAACCAAUGGACAGUCGUUUUGGACACAGCAUUUCUCUGCGGAUGAGUUUGGCAUCCUGGAGACCGACAUCACAUUCCUGGUCAUAUUUGCUGCUGUGUUUACACUGUCUUGUUACUUUGCUUAUAAUUUAAAGGGAAGACAGCUGCUCCAUACAACCUAUAAGAUGUUUAUGACUGCGGCUGGAGUCGAGGUGUUGAGCCUGCUCUUCUUUUGCAUUUACUGGGGCCUUUAUGCCAGAGACGGUGUUGGGAAUGGCAGUCUGAAGAUAUUAGGGAAAUUACUCUUCUCUGUGAGCUUCCUGAUAUUUCUGCUCAUGCUGAUUCUCUUGGGAAAGGGAUUCACAGUUACCAGGGCAAGAAUAAGCCACAGUGGAUCUGUAAAACUAUCCAUUUACAUGACAGUGUACACCAUCACCUACAUCAUUCUCUUUAUUUACGAAGCAGAGUUCUUUGAUCCAGGCGAGGUGCUUUACGCUUAUGACAGCCCUGCAGGGUACGGUCUAAUGGGUCUGCAGCUUCUCGCAUACGUAUGGUUUUGCUAUGCUGUGCUGGUGUCCCUCAAACACUACCCUGAAAAACAACCUUUCUACAUCCCAUUCUUCACUGCGUACACUCUGUGGUUUUUCGCUGUACCUGUCAUGGCUCUGAUUGCCAACUUUGGCAUCUCUCGCUGGGCCAGGGAAAAGAUUGUGAAUGGCAUCCAACUUGGCAUUCAUCUCUAUGCUCAUGUUGUCUUUCUGGCCAUUACACGUCCAUCAGCAGCCAAUAAGAACUUCCCUUACCACGUACGGACGUCUCAGAUAGGCAUCCUUCUGUCCAGUCCUAAAGCCAUGGGGGCAGAGAGCUUCCCGCACCAUGCCUAUGGGAACAGCUCCUUCCUGGGAGAUUCUCAGCCAAACUUUACAGAGCUCUUUUCCAUUCAUUCAGACCCUGUUAAGACGAUAGAUGAGUCGGUGACACGGAAAGGACAGGAAGUGCCAAGAAACAGUGAGCAAAAGAUCAUCACAACAACAGCAGACCUGUCGACCACAUUUACCCCUCUUCCUCCUCCCAUACCGCCACGUAGCUCCGCCCACUCCCCCCCUCCACCUCGGUUAACGUCCCACUUCACUGAGUAUUUUAGUAUGCAAGGGGCAACAAGGAUGGGAUUCAAUGCCUAGAGGAGGCUGUAAAGGAAUGGGAAAGUAGAGAAGGGACACAACUUAUAGGUGGAAAAGAAUUUAAUAUUUCAAUAGAUUAUGUUAAGGCAAGCGUGAAAAUGUGAAGCCAUUUUCAAAAAGUUACCAAAACAUCUGUACCUUUGAAUUUGUAAAGAGAAACGUGAGCUGCUUAAAUGAAUAGACAGAGAGAUAGAGAGGGCCGGAACCCGCUCACUCACCGCCUAAAAAAUAAGAAGCAAUAAAUAUUUCAGCGAGAGUCCAGAGAGACAGAGAUAUAGGCAGUGCAAUAGAGUGACAGUACACAAUGGUGAAUCUAGAGUAUAGUUAUUUAAAGCUUAAUGUGAAUAGGAUAGCGAUGUGUACAGUAACAGUACAGUACAAUGAACAUAUUUUUAACGCUUCGUUCAUUUCAAGUGGUGCCGUUAAUGUGUUAAUUUACGUUACAUUUUACUAAAACAAAAAACAAGUCCUUACCUAAUAGUGACACAUUUUUUGUUUUUUACGAAUUUAUUUACAUAUUUUGUCUGUGAAGUUCAAAUACCUUAUGAUGAUUUCUAUUUUAUUCACAUUGAAUAUAGUAAGAUACUUUGCAAACAUAUUAAACUACAAGUUAACUGUGGACAACUAGGCAGUAUUUGUAUACCAUGCAUGUGUGUGCUUUAUCUACAGCAUCUUCGGAUAUAUUUCAUGUAAUUUCAGAAAUGGCAUUCUUAACAGUGUUUGUCUUAUGCAGUAUUAGCCAUAAGUAAGCAAUUUGUUGGUUGAUACAAGCGUGUAAACACUGUAGCCCUUUCACAAAUCAAAUACAGCAUCCACUGAGAUUCGGUUCAUUCGAAUUAGGUACAUUCUCUAAGAAGUACAUGAAUUUACAUGCAGCACUUAUAUGGGUGUCAAGACAUCGAAAACAAACAUGUAAACUUGACUGAUCUAUUCACUGUAUGAGUGUACUGAGUUUAGAUUUAAAGCAACACUAAAGAGUUAUGGAUCUAUGCUACCCCUACAGGUUAGAAGCGGAAUUGUCCAUUACCACUAUCGUAAAUAAUUUAGCCUACUGCAGCAAAGCUGGCUCUGAUUGGAUUGUAGGUGUGUCGUAAAGCAAGGUUUUGUAGUUUUCACUCAAACUACAGAACCGUGACCCGACGGUUGGAAAUUUCGUCCCUGUCCCAAAUGGCGCACUUCAUGUGGACUUUCGGUCUCGUGGACUUAAAUUGCACGUGCUCGCUUAGUCUACGAGUCCGUAGGGUGUCCCAUCUGUCAUUUUUACGCUUUGAAGUCUGCUCAUCAGCGCCCCCUUGAUGCGGUCUCCGGCGAAGGCCGCACUGCAGCAGGCUUUGCGCACUUUACCAACCCAGAAGUCCUUCCGAAAGAGCAAUCAGACCAAUCGGACGACGAAAGGGAGGAGUUCACACUUACGGGCAACUCCUCCUCCCAGACUCGGCAUGACCCUUGAGUCUGUCCCAAAAUACGACUCAGGUGCACCCACGUGGACUCGCAUCAAGGGUCCCUAAAGUCUGCACUCUACCACAAGGACCACAAGUCCGGAGUGUGCCAUUUGGGACAGGGCCUUCUUUAGUGUGGUUUUGGCCAAUAGAGGGCUGAAAAGCGAAUGUGAAAGUGCCGUUCACCCUGUUUCGAGUGGAUGAACGUCGACUAAUGUUGGAAACAUUAUUUUAAGGUAAAAAAAAAACCUCUUUAGUGUUGCUUUAAUUCCUGCUACAUUUGUUACACAUUUUAACACAAAUAACAGUUAAAUAUUUACCCCGAGUUAUUUUCAGUGGACGUUGAGUAAUGACUUUUAUUCUAUCAGUGAGUAGAAAUAAAUGUCACGUAGAUUAAUUUAGUCCACAUGGGGUUGUUGUAAGGUACUCAAGUGUCCUAUGACAAUAUAACCACUCUUACAGAUACAUUUUGUAUUAACUGCAUGGAGCACUUUACUGUUUGUACUUAUGUCAUGACCAUUAGUGACCCUUGCAAAUGCGGCCAUAAUGCAGUACAGUGUAUUACUCACUGUUUGUUAUGUACAUAUAAAAUGUGUCAAUUGUUUUAUCUGUCAAAUCCCAGUUACCAUUAUUGUAUUUAUUUUCAAUAUGCAUUUCAGUAUAUACUACAGAGAGUACAUCUGGAAUUAACCUGCUUAAAUACAACACUAUGUACAUAAUGGCAGAUUUAAAUUUGUUUAAAAGGUAGAACCAUACUUGAAGAUUCAUUAAAUAUUAUUUUAAACCAUUGCCCUUUUAUACAUGCUGAACUGGAAGCCACCAGAAAAGCAAAGAGGCUUUGGCAUGAUUUUUUGUAUCCAUUGAGUGAGUGUGCACACAAAGCAGAGAGAGAGAGCACACCUUUUGAAUGUAUAGCACAGCACAUGGAAAGCACAGAGAGAGCAAGUUAAGCACAUUUCUGUUGCACUGUUCAUACUGAAUGAAAUGCAUUUCAUGAAGUGUCAAAUGCCUUGGCAGUACAUACUCUUUUGCCAAAUUAAAAUGUUCUGUUUUACUAUAA